GGAAGGGCGGUUCCGCCGCGUUCUUUCCCCUUUCUCCCCGUUCCUUUGGGGUUUGUGCUGCCCCAGGGGCCUCCCUUCGCUCCCCAGCCCUGCGGGUCGGUGCUGUGCCUGCGUUUUUGGGGUGUAGCACCUCAGAACGAGCUCCACAGGUCUGUGGCCGUGCUUAUGGCUUCCCCAGGGUUCAUCUUGCUUCUCUGCGGGUGGAAAACUAGCAGGGCAAAAGCUUGAGUGUUAAUUGUAUUGUGUUAAUAGAGUGUUAAAAGUAUUGAGUGUUAAUAGAGCCUUUUGUUGUUGAGACAGUAAAAGGAGUGAGCGCCUUUAUAUAACGUAGCUAUAAGCAGGAAAACAGAGGACAGUUACAGACGUACCCAAAGUGCAAAAGUCAAAGACAGCUAUUCAUCUCGAGAUGGAAGAGUCAGUGCUGGAUAAAUUGCCAUCUUUGUGCAGUACUCCGAAGGAUGCUGGGGCACCACCUGCACCAGGGACCAGUUCAGGGAAACAGCAAAUGAGUGCAGCUCUGAGGGAACGAUUAAGGAAAACAAGACGUUCAUUUAAUGCCAGUUUUACAGUGGCAAAGCGGCUCAAAACAGACACAGAAGAAAAAGACACUGCUGGUGCUGCCACUGAGUGCUUGCCAGAGACAAGGGCAGACUGCUCCAGGUUACAAGAUGGUUCUGAAAGCCUGGAAGGAAAUGGCACUGGACAUACAUGUUUCAAAAGUCCCUCACAGGAGAGUGAUCCCUGUGGAUCAGCAGAGGAUUCAGAUGUGCUGCAAGUUGAUGUUGGUCAGCAGGAGUCCCUUGAAGAGAAAGUGAAGCUGGAGAAACAAGUGCAGGAGAAGGAGGAGCUGCUGCGUAGGCUCAAAAUGGUGAAGAUGUACAGAUCCAAGAACAACCUGUGUGAGCUGCAGGCUUUGAUAGUGAAGUGGAGGAGCAGCACCCAGCUGAUGCUCUAUGAGCUGCAGUCGGCCUUUUCUGCAGAUGGCACGAAAGUGAGUCUCACUCAGCUCAUCGACACCUUUGGCUUAGAAGACCAGUUACUGCACUACAGCAGAACAGAAGAAGAUUUUGUAGAUGCAUAAUCUACAGCUGCAGAGCUUUCUUUGCACAGACACAAAAGCAGAAAAGACUGAAUAAAUACUGAUUGUGUCAGAAGUGUUGGUCAGACAAUGGACUUUAUGCUUUGAGGUUAGGAGGUUUUCUCCAGAGAUACUUGUAAAGCUGUGUGCAUACAUACAGUAGGCACUGUAAAAGGCAUUACUUAAUGGAAAAAAAACAAACUGGUGAUGUUUUGGAGAAUCUGGCUUAAUGACUUGGUCAGUGAAUUUUUAUUUAAUAAAAAUAAAGUCAUAGUUUAACAGGUAGAAAGAAGUCAUUUUUUUAAUUAGUCUCUGCAUGGUUACUUGUACUGAAAUAACUCAAGAUUGUCAAUUCUGUUGAUGUUCAGAUGGGGAAGAGUGCAGUUUGUUUAUAGAUACACCCAUUUUACACGUCUGCCUGGUGCUAAUGACAGCAUUUUGUGAGUUAAGUGAAGAUAACUGAUUUUCAUGAUGGUAAUAUUCCAGAGCUGAGAUAAGAUGUUUUCACUAGCUUUAACUCCUACUGAGGAAAAUAUGUCAUAAUGCAGUUGCUUUCAGGUUCUGGUCCAGACAGUCUCUGCAGAGCUGCUGUCUCAUAAGCAUUCUGCCACAGCCUGAGGUAAUAGAAGGGAAGGCAAGAAAAUUGAAACCAGCUUUCUAUUCUACUACAUCUAGAGCCAAGGUGUUUCCUCUCUUCAAAUAAAUAAGAAAAACAAGGCCUUGUUUAAUGGGAUUGCUUCAAAUACAGCAUCACAAAGCUCAAUAAAUCUUUACAAUUCCAUUUAUUCUCCAACAAAUGCCUUUUUUGAAAGUUGUUUUUAUUUAACUUGAAAAUGCUUAUUUUUUCAUCAUGGUACCUUUUGUUUUUUAUUUUCCCUAAAAUCACUGCUUCUCAAGUGUAACAAUACAUAAAUCUUAAUGACUAUACAACUCUCCCUGCUAGGAAUCUUGUUUUCUUAUUGCUUAUACCCUGCCUUUUUUGUUUGCAGGUGCUAUAUCCUGUUACCUUAAUAAGGGAGUAAUUUCUUAGACAGCUCAAGAGAAAGAAAAUCAAAGAUCAUACAGAACCUAUUAACCAUUGGUAAGGCUCAUUAGACUUCAGCCUGUACCUACAAUUUGCUCUUAAGAAUACUGACUUUUGCUGUCCAGAGAGAAUUAAUGCAGAACAGCCUUUAUUGCAAAUCAUUAUUUGAGUAUUAAAGCACUAUUUCUCUGCCUCUUUAGGCAUAUGCAAAAAGAUGAUGGUGCCUGGUGCAGGGGCCAGUUCACUUCCUUGGAGUUGGAAUGAUGCUGCUUCUUCAGCAGAAGACAAAAGGUCUUGUAGUGAGAUGUAAUUAGAAUCCUUACAAAUCCCAGGUAGAGAUGGCAAAGCGAAAAAACAUGUACAGGAUCACAACUGACAUAGUAGAAUUUUAAGCUAAGGCAUCAAAGCUAUUUGUUGCUCUCACAAUUAAAUGGGUUAAGAUGUCAUGUGACUUUAUGAAAGGAGAAGGGUUGACCCACACCAUGGAGCAGGGAAACAAAAAGCAGGGACAAUGCCUGAGAGGGCAGAAUGGGCUCCAGCAGUAGGUAACUUUAUCACAGGUCCUUUAUUUUUCUUAGCUGUUGUGGAAGGAGCUGGCAGGAAAAUACUCUGCACCUCAGUGUAAAGGGGUGGGAGAUGCCAGCAACUAUUUCAGGAGGCCAGAUGCUUCCAAACCUGCUUUUCCUGUGAUUCUGCCCGUGGCAGCAGCCACAGUUCCUGCUGGCUGUGGGUGAUUAUACCACAAUAAGGCACAGCUGCCUUUGGGGUGGGGCCAGCUUGCACACAUGGUUCUUUUCUAUAAUGAGCUAUACAGUUUAUACAAUAAAACCAGUAGAAAUAAAUCUCAUCACCUGAAAUAUAAUGGGGUUAAGACCAGGUGUAAAAAAUACAAAUCAGACAACUAUGCAUAUUUCAAAUGGAAGUUAUUUAAAGGAAUUACGGAAGAAACAAUUUAUGGAAAGAAAAGUUCAGAAGGAGAAGAAUCAGCUGUCAAAACUCUCUUCCCUUAGAUAAGACCAUGGUAUUAUUCAUCUAUUAUUAAUCUCUGAU